UUGAGGGUCCCGCCCACCGAAUGUAGUGAAACCAAGAGAGCCUGUUCUACACGACGUGCCCAAAGUUCUUAUCCGGCAAACUCUUUUAACGCUAAACGAUUUGUGGCCGAAAUGGACGACCGCAAGCUAGACCUGACGGAGGCCCAGGAAAAAACCAAAUCAAAAUACCCGCCAAUUGACAAGAAAUAUGAAUACUUGGAUCAUACAGCAGAUGUACAAAUCCACUCCUGGGGAGGAUCUUUGGAGGAAGCCUUUGAGCAAUGUGCCAUGGGAAUGUUCGGCUACAUGACAGACACGGAAACAGUUGAACCGAUUGAUACUAUUAAAGUGGAGUCAGAAGGUGAUGACAUGGAAUCUCUGCUCUUCCAUUUCCUUGAUGACUGGCUGUACAAGUUUAGUGCAGAAAUAUUCUUUAUUCCUAGGGAAGUUAAAGUUUUGCACUUAGACAGAUUGCACUUUAAGAUUCGUUCCAUCGGGUGGGGUGAAGAAUUCUCACUGGCAAAGCAUCCACAGGGUACAGAAGUGAAAGCCAUUACAUACUCUGCAAUGCAAAUCCACGACAAGGAAAAAGCUGAGAUAUUUGCAAUUGUUGAUAUCUGAUACCUGAAAAAUGUUCAUCACGUGUUGGUUCGUUGGGACUGCAAUACUUUUUAGCCAUAUUAAGUGGCAUUAUUUUUACAUAAGAAAUGACAGAUCUGAAUUGUUUCCUUCUAAAUUCUGUAGCAGAUUAAUUAUUUAUCAUGAGUGCUUCAACAAAAAACAUCUAUCCAUCCAUUUUCUACCGCUUGUUCCUUUUGGGGUCGCGGGGGAUGCUGGAGCCUAUCUCAGCUGCAUUCGGGCGAAAGGCGGGGUACACCCUGGACAAGUCGCCAACUCAUCGCAGGGCCAACACAGAUAGACAGACAAUAAUAACUAAAUCAUGAUCUGAUUUUUUUGAAACAUAUUGCUAUUAAAAGGGAACUGCACAAGUUUGGAAUUUUCACAAUCAUAAUGAGUGACAAGUACACACGUUUCUUUUCUUUUUUUAGGUUUCUAAAGAUGAGAAAAAUGUGGCUAAUGGGAGUCACUGUUGAAGCCUUCAAAGCCCUCUAAAAAAAACCUUCAAAACCCUCUAUUAACGUUUUAUAUACUGUACACACUGCAAGUCUAUAUAUAAUGUAGUAACAGACAUGUUCAUAACAAUAUGUAUAAUAUGUACAAUAUUUACCGUAUUUUUGUCAUUUUAAUCAUUGCCGGAACUUCUUUCCUUAGCACACUUAUUUCUGUUUCCAUAGCAGCACACUUCUGACUUCUGGCUACAAAUGUAUGUAUUGUAAUCAUGGUAAUAGAAGAGAAAGAUGGCUAUUUUUUGACAAAUAAGGAUUCACAACCUUAUCUAUCUGAAGCUGACUAUACGGAGGAUGAAUUGCUGCUUAUAGAAGCAGGCACGAAGGAAGGGUGAAACUGAGCAGACAGAAGCCGAGAGAGUAUGGUCGGCGUGACUUUGGAACUUGGAGCCAAGCUAUGCCGACAUAAUUAGAGUUCUUACCCGAAAUAAACCGGGAAAAAAGUCCCUGGCCAGCUAGACCAAACAAACAACUGUCCGUCGAGUGAACCAUUAUGAUAUUGAUCAUCACGGAGCACAUCAUGCUUGUUAUUGCAACUACAGUACAUAUGCUGUCGAGCUACCUGUGUACAAACAAAACAGGAAAUGUGGGCUAAUACUUUAUAGAUCAUGCAAUAAGAUGGUUCAUGUUUUUCAGUCAGUACAGAUCGGUGUAAUAUUUCAUUGUGUUCUGCAUUACAAACUCAAAAGCUAUUCAGCUGCUGGCGUAAAAGCUAGCUUGCCGCAGCUAGCUUAUGACUAGUAUCGUUGCAUGCUGUCCAAGCGAUGUGUUACUAUCCUACAAUAACAAUGUCCCCACAGCUUGGUUAUUAUACAGGUUGCGGAACAUAAAUUAAGUAUUGUUGGUGGUUUCUUGAUGCAUUUUUAAAGUGAUUAAGAAGUAGAAUUGAUGGCUCCCAUUAGCUGCAUUGCUAUCCACCUUGAACGAGACGAUUAUUACCAUUUAGAAUGUAAAAACAAAAAAUUUUGUUAUAAUGAUUGUGACGGAUAGGCAAAAAAAAAAAGUGCAUUUCUCCUUUCAGGGAUGUGAAUUACACUAAUAAUGAAAUAAUUGUUGACUGUCUUAGGUUAACCAACUCCAAACUGUUUAUUUUUGUUGUACCUCAAUUGUUUUUAAUAAUCUUUAAUAACUUUUAAGAUAUGGAAAUAUAUCGUUUUUGUGGUUUACACUGCUGAAAAAAUAAAUAUACAUAUCUACAAAUCUGAUCUUGAUUUUUAGAGGAAGUUUCAUAUCUGAUGUUUUGCUUCAACAGAGGUUUUUGAGAAGUACUGAAUUGAUUUGUGACAUUAACAUGCCAUAUUAGUUAAGCAUUAAAUACAUCAAUACAUUCUAAAUGCACAUUAAACUCCAACAAAAGUGGUCACUAUGAUACUUUUGAUGCAAGUAGUCCAGUAACUGUAAAUAGGCUACACCAACCCUUACAUUCUUAAAGAUACACUGACUGCUGCUGCACGCUUUAAACAUUUUAGUCAGGUGCGCAUAUUUUCCACAUAUUUAUCAUAACUAUAGUUAUCUAACUAAAGUAAUCAUCACAUUAAUCUAAUCCAAUCCAAUCCACUUUAUUUACGUUUAUAGCACAUUUAAACAACAAAAAUGUUUCCAAAGUGCUGCACAACAAUAUUAAAAACAAUAUUCAAAUAUUAUCCUUAGCUCCACCAAUGACUGAAUAAAAACAAAAAAUAAAUAAAUAUAAAACUGAUAUAAAAAUAAAUAUGAUUAAAAACGAUUUUAAAGGAUAAAACCAAUUAAAACAGAAAAAUAAAAAUAGAAAUCAAAAUUGAUAAAAAAAAACAGAGGACCACACAACUCACGUAGUGUUAAAAGCCAAAGAAUAAAAGUGGGUCUUAAAACGAGACUUAAAACACUCCACUGUGGGAGCAGUUUGAACAUGGAGGGGCAGAGUGUUCCAGAGCUUAGGGCCGACCACAGAGAAGGCCCUGUCUCCCCUGGAUUUAAGUCUGGUCUUGGGCACCACGAGCUGGAGCUGGCUCUCGGACCUCAGAGCGCGCGCAGGAGUGUAAAUUUGGAUGAGGUCCGAGAUAUACUGAGGUGCCAGUCCAUGUAAAGCUUUAAAAACAAACAGCAAGGUUUUAAAAUCUAUUCUAAAAUGAACCGGGAGCCAGUGCAAACUUUGAAGAAUUGGGGUUAUAUGCUCCUGUUAAAAGUUGUGCUGCCGCGUUCUGGACUAACUGCAACCGGGAGAGAGCUUUUUGGCUAAUGCCAGCAUAAGGUGCAUUGCAGUAGUCCAGGCCACUUGAAAUAAAAGCAUGCACGACUUGUUCAAAAAGGUUAAAAGAUAAAAACGGUUUUACCUUUACUAAAAGACGAAGAUGAUAAAAACGAUUUUAAAACGGCAUUGACUUGUUUGUCAAGUUUAAAAUCGCUGUCUAUAGUGACGCCAAGGCUGGUGACUUUGGGACGCACAUAAUUUUGCAAUGAUCCGAAGUCAGUGAGGGCCGGACUAAAAACUGAAAUUUCCGUUUUUCCCUCAUUCAUUAUUAAAAAAUGAUGGGCUAACCAAGCCUUGAUGUCGCACAGACAGUUGAGAAGGAGUGGCCAUUUGAAAUCGGCAUAUAAAUUUGGCAGUCAUCUGCAUAAAAGUGAUAAGACACUCUAUGCCUCUUAAAAAUCUCUCCAAGAGGGAGAAGGUACAGUGCAAACAGGAUGGGGCCUAGGAUAGAUCCCUGGGGGACACCACAGUAAAGCGGAGCAGAAGAAGAGGUGGCGUCCCCCAGCUUGACAGAGACGGACCUCUGACAGGUAGGAUCUGAACCACUCUAAUGCAGUCCCCCUGACACCCACACAGUCUCUCAGGCGGUCUAAAAGAAUUGUGUGGUCGACUGUGUCCAAGGCAGCUGUAAGAUCUAAAAGCACUGAAAUGGCAGAGCUGCCAGAAUCAGACAUUAAAAGCAAGUCAUUAAAAACCUUUAAAAGUGCAGAUUCAGUACUAUGCAAAGAUUUGUAUCCAGACUGAAAUGGAUCUAACGUGCUAUUUUCAUCUAAAAAAAAAGGCUGCAGUUGCGCCAAAACAUAUUUCUUCAAGAUUUUUGACACAAAAGGUAAUUUGGAAAUGGGCCGAUAAUUUGACAAACUUGUAGGAUCAAGACCUGUUUUUUUUAUCAAAGGCUCAACAACAGCUCUUUUACAAAAAGAGGGGACACUGCCAGAAAUCAAGCUGCUGUUGAUGAUGUCCCUAACAGACAAGUCAAUAGAAUACCAGACUUCUUUAAAAAAGCGAGGGGGAUUGUGUCUGUGGGACAGGACGAGGUAAUCUACAAUGUACAAUGUGGUUGUAGUUGUAGACAAAAUAAUCACCUACAAUAUUUCAAAUGCAUUUAUUUGAUAGACGAAUUAGCUGUAUCACUCAAAUGGAUACAUUUAUUUGCCAUAGGAUGCAAUUAGAUUACUCAAAAAUGUUCAUUGCUACAACAUUAAAAACCUGUUUGCUAGUUUCUAAAUACAUUUUUCAACAUAAGAGCCCUAUAGACAUGAAACAACUUUUAAAUCACCUUUACACUCUCAUUCCAAUACACUGUCUGAGGCUGAGGCAAUCGGGAGCCGUAAUACCGAACAGCGUGAUCUGAUUGGUUUGGUCUCAUCUUGUGGCCAAUACUGCUGGAGUAUUGAUAUUUUUUGUUCAUUUAGCGGUUUGUAUGGUUAAAAUAACUACAUUUAGGGCAAAGAUGUCGUAGAAUAUGCUUUUAAAAAACAAAAAUAUCUGCAAUGUGGUGAAACUAAAAUAUUUGAUGUGACGUGGUGACGACUAUGGCGUAAACUAUAUUUUUUUUAUGGGAUGCAAUAUGUGUGCUAGAUGUCUGUUUAUAAUGUCUUACUUAUUUGUUUUGAUUUUUCUACUUUUAUUGUACUACUCCUCCUUUUUACUUUCUGUCCUGGCUAUACUGUAGACCAGAGGCCCAGGACCACUGUGAUGUGGCCCAGGACCACUGUGAUGUGGCCCAGGACCACUGUGAUGUGGCCCAGGGCCACUUCACAGUUAUCAAUCAAUAAAUCAAUCAAUCAAA